AUGGCCAAUGAAUCUGAUCACUAUUGGUUUGGUGGCUACCUGCCCCCUGAUCCCUAUUACAAUGCUCAGGAAUAUAAAAGCCCAACGACUUCGAUUUCCCAAGGAUAUCCUUCACCUUACUUUCAAUCACAGCCUCACUUCAUUCAAUACAACUCCCCGUACGCUCCGCCUCACAAUUUCGUGAGCCCGAGCAGCAUCAUGCGAAAUCCUCCAGUAGCAUCAGAUCUUCCAUCUCAGGUACAGAGUCACCUAACAACCUCUUCUGUGCUGCCUCCGAAACCUUCAGCGACAUUGCAAACCGGCCAAUCUCAAAACCCCAUUCGGAUCGGUUCAAACACCUCAAAAACUAUUCCCGCACCGAUUCAAAGACUCGAUGAUACCCACGAUUCCAAAAGACGUUGCAUAGAGACUCAAGCGCCAGUACAGCAGAGCAUGUUACCCGCGUCUGGAAACUCUUCAGUCCUCAAUUUUACACCACAAGGCGUCUCCAAGCAAUUUCCCAUAGAAGCAGGUGUAUCGCGUCUUGGAAAUCGGCCAUUGAACAGUUUCACCCUUCGAGAUACCUUAGAUAAGGGAUAUCUUGAAAACCGCUUGGAUAUCGCAAGUCUUAUAGAGGAAUCAAAUGCUGCAGAGAAAUUCACCUAUAACCCAAAGACGAUUGCGAGGGAUGUGUUAAUCGCGGCAGGGCGCCACCCGACCGAAAAGGCACUUAACCAUCAUCUGUUCCGUCUGCGCAACGUUUUCCCACACCUCGAUAUUUCCUCUGACUUGGAAACCUUUCGCUGGGAUUUGGUAGAUCAAGCUUCAGAUCCGAAAGCACGUGACUCUGUCCAAACACGCGCGUUUGCGUCGGGGUUCAGGGCGGCGGUCCCGUCAUCUCCUGCUCCUUUACCAUACCUGCCUGUCAACAACUCCACGCCACGGCAACAGCCACUGAGCGUGCCUGUGACUCCGGAGCCGCAGCAAAUUCAACAGCAAUCUACGCCAACACAACAGCCACUUCUAGUUCCACCACCGCAGCCCCAACUACAACCCCAUCCGCAGUCUCAACCGCCGUCUCAAUCGAAGCCCCAGUCGCAGCCUCAAUUGCAACCUCAAUCGCAACCUCAAACGCAACCUCAAACGCAACCUCAACCGCAGCGGAAAGUAGCGACCCCAAGGGUACAAAUACCAUCAAUGAAAAUGUUGGGGAAAAGGCCGCCUGGAAGACCACCUGGACGGCCUCCUGCAAAUUCAAAGGUUGAGGUGGCCAUCUCUGCGCCGCCUAUUUCCUAUCCAGUUUACACAUGUUAUUGGAAAGAUUGCCAGGCCGAGCUGCACAACCUCGAUAUGCUCAAGAAGCACAUUUACAAGGUUCAUGUUUCUUUCAACAUUACAUGUUUGUGGAAAGACUGCUCGUUGUCGGAGAAUAUGCCCGCUGCAAGUCUUUACAAACACGUUAAGAAAGAACAUGUCGAGCCUAUCGCAUGGAAAUUGGGCGAUGGACCAAGAGUGCCUGAACCGGGAGGCGGUAGUACCAGCCAAUGUCCAUGCUUCGCGACCCUUUCGGAGUCCAAACAACCCCAGAGCGAAGAUUCGCUUAUCUUUCCAGCCAGUUACAGCUCGAUUCGCGCAUUCAAUCGGGUCCAUGGAAACCACACCCAAUAUGAGAAAGCGCGGGAAAUCUUGAAAGCAGUACAGAGGCUCAAGGAACAGAUUGGUGUUGGUUUGGAUCCGGGUGGAUGUCAACUGGCCACGCCGGCACGCAAUGAGAGAAUAAGUCGGCAGAAGGACGUCUAUGAGGUGAUAUCCGAGUCCUAG